UUGUGGGAGCAUUGUUUGUUCAGUUCAUGCCUACAGCUUUUGUGUGUAGCUCCAUAGCAACCCAGACUAGCACAAAAGCAUUAGUUAUUGUUUGUUUUCGCACGUCCACCAGAACGCACUGACCCCUUCCUGAAAGUUAUACAGCAAGUAAAUUGCUCGCUGUGCGUCUCAGCUGCAGCACAACAUCACCGACUUUAGAAAAGGCUCAGGGUAGGCGGAAACUGAAGGUGAUAUCGUCCGCAAUCCUGAAUUCCCGCAGGAAAAUCUCCAGCCAGGCACAAGGUCACGGGCAUCGAAUUCUCAUAAAUCCUCCGCUUUCUGCCUGAUCUCGGUUCUGAAAUUGCACCGUGUUAAUGGAGCAACGAAACACAUCGCCAGACAAAUUUACCACUGAACCUCCUGAUAUAACAGUGAAUGAAUUUGAAGAUUACUUACUAACAGAUAGCCUACUGGUGGACUAUUUCAACAUGUUUCUCAGUCUAUUGAAUUUUCCAAUGUCAAUUUGGUUUAACAAACGAACAGAGACAUUUGAAAUAGUUGACAAUGCAAAGAAAAAUCUGUUGAAGCGGUUAAAACGAUUGGUACAUACUUACAGUCCUGCAGACCCCAUCUACAAUGCGACACUCAGAUCCCAAGAAAGACAUCCUCAGUUUAAAAAGAUCACUGCUCUGGAUCUAAAAUUUGAAAACAAGUUCAUUGUAAAGCACCUCGAUCAUGUGCAGGGUAUUGCAUGGAUAAAAAAUGAGAGACUCCCAACAUUCCUUUUGAGUGAUUGUUACUUUGAGUACAGGCUUGCAAAGUUGCUGUCUCAGUUAGAAAGCAACACAGGACCUGGCAUGCCACAAAUUGAUCCUGCUUACCGCCCAUGGGUUACUGAGAAAGAAGAAGCACAUUUGACCAAAAUUCUAGAUAUGGUUGACAAUACUUCAGAAGAAAUGUAUGACGAAGAACAAGAAACAGAAGAAGAAGAAGAAGAAGCAGAAGAAGAAGAAGCAGAAGAAGAAAAAAAAGAACACCUCAUGUCCAAAACUGUAGAUAAGGUUGAAGAUGCCACGGAAGAGGUCUAUAUCAGCUAUGAAAAUGGAAACGAUCUGGUUUCUGUAAAAAGCGAGGCAAGUUUUUCAGUAAUGGAAGAAAUUUUGUUAAAUAUUAGUGCUGAAAAGUUACCCCACCAUAGCAGACAGGCCAGUGGCAGUACACAAUAUAGUUGCACUCCCAGUUUGUCCAAACCAGUAAUUGUGGAUGACGAGUUAUUUGAAUUCGUUCCUGCAUACCAUUUUGAUGGACAAGAAAUUAUCUACCUUCAACCAAAGUCAGAGAAUGAAACUAAAGAUGGCCAAAAAGUAAACAAAAAAAACAAAGAGAUGAGCACUGAUGAUAAGACAGCGAUGAAUGAAGAUAAGGUCAAUGAAAAAGCAAAGUUGCAUGUUCAGAAGGUCCGCAUUGGCACUAAAACAAGAACCCAUAAAGAUCUGGUUAGCACAAGUGAUAAAGCAGCAACUCAUGGAACAGAAACCAACCUGUCUUCUGAGACGGAGGAAAUGAAAUUUCACUUGGAGAGUAAUACUUACGCAGCACCAAAUUCUAACGUUUCUCAAGCUGCUCAGUUGGAUGUACAGCAAUCAUCUGUAGUCAGUGAUAAUAUAAGAACUCAAAGUUUUUCCAAUAGUAUGGGCGAAGAUAGUAUGGAAUCUGAUUCUACUAAUGAGGAAGGUGAUAUCAGAGAUUUCUGCUACAUGGAACCACCUCAUAGCUUCAAUUUCAAGAACCGAAAGGGCAUUGAAAAGUUCAAGAAAUUUCUCCAUGGAACUGCCGGUGAGAAAUAUUGGUGGCUAUGGAUGGAUAUUGAAAGAUUAAAAGUAAUCGAGGAUGGCAAAAAGAAGCAAAGCUACCUGAACAAGAUACGGAAUCGGUAUUUAUUUAAUGGGGGUGAAUACUGUAUGAAUGUGGAGACACGUGCAAAGCUGGGUCUCUCAUUUGUCUCUCAGUGGACCGUGGAAAACCUGAGUCAGGUUCAGUCAGAUGUAGUAUCGCCUCUGCUUCUCUAUUGGGGUCCAAGGUACUGUAUUAAUAAAGGAUUUCCCAUACGGCAAGCUGGUAUUGCCCUGAAAGAUUGGGAAGAUCGUCAGUUGAGACCUAAGUCUGAUGUAGGCCCAUUUCCUUUGACACUGCCAAAUCCUGCCAAGGUAGAAUGCAUUCCAGACAAGCCAAAGAAGAAUUGUAAAUCACGGCAACACCAAAGAAAAGUUCCACGAAAUAGAUCAUCAGCAAAUAGGCAUUGCACUAGGACAAUGUCUGACACUGCUCUCUGCAAGCCAGCAUCUAAGAAAGAACUUCCACUUUCAAGCGACACAAUUCAAUCACAAGUCUCAAAAGAAAAAUUUGAGGAAAAAUUUAUGGAAAAUUUGGAAAACCUAGAAUUACGUAAAGCAAAAGACCUCCGCAAUUUAGAGACAUUAAUGCAGGUCAAAAAAUACCAUGAUGUUCUGUGUGAUACCAAGUUAGACGACCUGCUGCAGGCCCUGCACAAUGAAAGCAGAACUGGAUACUACUUCACACGUUUUUGUGAAAAAGCAGGGAAUACAUUAUGGAGGAAUGGUGUGAGCCUGUGGUUUGACCUGAAAGAAUAUCAGCGACUGUUUUAUGCAGAAAUCUUUCAACCUUUUAAACUCAAGAGACAAGCUCAGUUCAUUUUUGCAACAUACGCUAUUGAAGGGGCCCCAGCAGAUGUCCAAAUGGACGCAGAGAACAAGAAAGAGAUCUAUAGCAAACUGGAGCCACCAUUUGAAGAGCUCUUUGAUCAAUUAGAGGAACACACUCUUAUCUUGCUACUGGUACCUUGGAACCAAAUGAUUGAAGCGGAAAUGUCAAGCUACAGUAAAGUGAAGUUGGUAACGAAGACCCAGUAUUUGGAUUCAAUAUACUACAAGAAGCUUCAGGAAUUGCAGAGGAAGUUUCUGCCCCAUGAAUUUCCUGUCCAAUCAUCCAUACAAGAAGAAAUUGUGGAGGAUCCCAGGAGUGCAUGGAAAUUUGUUCCAGAGCAAUUCCAUCAUUAUACGUUUCAAACGCUUCUUCACAAUCGCUUAGAACUUGACCAAUUCCAGGCAUUCCUUAAAGAAAAUUUAGCAGACAUGGAUCUCAACUGCUGGAUGGACAUUGAAUUCUAUGCAAAUAUAUCUCGCCAUGAAAAAGAAAGUAAAAAUAUCAAAUCCAAAGAGAUCAUCAACAAAUAUAUGAAUCGAAAGUAUUUCUUUGGACCCAGCAGCCCUGCUACAAAACCACAACAGGAAGAGGUGUUGGCAUUGGCUGGUGGACAAGAAAAAUUGCUCCACAAUCUGUUGUCUUCAGAAGUUGCACUGGAGGUGCAAAGAUAUGCAAAAGAUCGUUUGGAAAGACAAUGGCUACCAAUGUUUCUAUCCACACCAGAGUUUGCUGAAAGUCAACAGAUACGGAUAAAAUUGCAAGAGGUGAUAGAGGACCAGAUGUUAUACAAGAGCAGGAAGAAGCGAGAUGUAAUGAAGCACAUGGAAAAUAAAUGGACUGCGUCGUCAAAAGAGAUCAUAGCAUUCCGUAAAGCUUUGUUAAAUCCAGUAACGGCACUUCAAUUUCGAAAGUUUGUAUCAACAAAAGGAGAAUUGAUGGAGAAUAAUGUACUUUUUUGGCUUGAGGUUCAAAAAUACAAGGACUUGUGCCAUUCCCAUGCAACUGUGGAAACCAUUCAGAAUAAGAUCACAGUCAUUAUCAACUGUUUUAUCAAUUCCAAUAUUCCACCAACUUUGCAAAUUGACAUUCCAGCAGAAUAUGCAAAUAGAAUUAUUAGUCAAAGGGAUCAGCAGGGUCCAUAUAUCUUCAGAGAAGCACAGAUGGCAGUUUUUGAUAUCCUCUUCAAACAAUGGCCUCAAUUUUCUGAUUUCCGACGUAGUAUCGCUACUGAAAGCAUAGAGACCAAAAAGGGACAAGAAGUAAUGCAGAGUAAAAACACAGAAAAGAACUUAAUUCAGCUGAAGAGCAUUCACAAUCGAAAAUCUGGUUUACUUCAGUCACCUUCUCUUGAUCCUGAGAGCAGGUCCAGUGGAAGUCAACUGUCCUUAAAGGGUGGAAGUGACAAACCAACACAGAAUCAGCAGGAAAUGAAGCCAGGAAGUGCUGGAACCAAUCAGGGUUCAAGGCACAGCCAGAAGCUUUCCUGGUCUUUUUCCAAAUACCUAGAAGCACUGAAUAGAGAGGAAUCGCUGAUUUUGAAAGCACGUGAGGCUGACGGCAUGGAGUCGAGCAGAGCAGAAGCUAGUAGAAUUGAGGCUGAUGGAGUGGAUAGUAGCAGAGCGCAAUCUGCAGCAAUAAAUAUUCUACCUUCAGAAUCUUCAACCAGUCAAAACAUGACAUCAAGCAACUUGAAAAUGAAUUAAUUAAUCGUAAUUUAUCACAACUUAUUGAAGCCUAAAGUGAACUUAUCCUACAGUGGGUAUCGCAAACUCAAUUUUGAAAAAUGUAUUUAUAACCAUUUGCUGAGAUGAAAUAAAAGCUAUGACUAUUUGUCUUAAAUUUUAGUAAGGAAAUUAGGAAUCUAUACAGUUAAUGUAAAGGUAACAUGUCAAAGUUAUAUCCUUGAAGAAAACUGAAUAGAUGAUAACUUCGUAAUACAAUGGAAGAAUUUGUCCCAAAGUCAUUGGAGAUAUACAUUGAACCACAAUGUAUAAAAGGAUUUCAGGGUACAUUGUCGAGUAGUUAACAGACAGAUACUGAAAUAUCUUCCCUGUCAAUUAUGUAUAUGAAAUCAGUGUCACCUUGGCAGCAGAAAAAUUCAAACUGGGCUACAUGGUGCUGUUUUAUUUAUAAAAUCAUGGAGGUAUCUUUCCACUUGU